GCGGUUUGAUGCGCGUUUCUGCCGCCUUUGUUUGUGGUGAAUUUCGCGGCGAACUGUCCCAGACCAGUCCCUUCGGGUUUCGACUAUUCGGUCCUGUGCGAUUCCGUCUUAGUUCCACGCAUUGCUAAUCAGAUUGAGUGGCUAUUCGGAGAAAACAAAUACUACUAUUUCUCCAGAAUACUGAACAGAUGACAGAAGCCAAGCAAGAUCAUGUCCCCGCGAUGGAACAAAUCACCCUCUUGACACACAGGGCCAAUGUGCAAAACUGCUCUCGGUGUAGACCUGGCCAAACGCGUGCACCAAAACGUUCUAUUGAUUGUAAGCGUGCUCCGUACCGCUUCCGUCGGGACCAGCGGUCCGGACUUAGUCCACUUGUUGCAACAGGCUGGGGUAAAGGUGUUGAGAUUCCGGCGACUCACGGUUCACCACAGAUGAACCCAUUGGCACUUUUCUCCAGCGCUGAUGGUCUGUCGCCGAAUUCUCAGGCGUCUCUAACGGAACACAAGCGCGCCAGACCGGAAGCCUCAGGGACAAUUUCCACUGCAUCAACGGAACUUUCCUCGUCUGUUCCAGCUUCACUGGGCAUCUCACCGUCACCUGUGCUCGUCUUUGAACACAAUCGAAUCGUGCGUGAUCGAACGAAGGAGUUCACCUGCAACCUCUCCCUCCUCAACGAAGAGCGAUUGCAACAGCUCUUUUCUAGGGAAUUUCAUUACCAUCCCAACAAUGCCUUUCUCUAUUACGUUAAUCCAGAGACCGAAGACAAGGUGGACGCAUCGCUGCGCAAUGAAGCGGUGCAUAACCUGCGCUUUAUGCACAAUGCAUUUUUCAAUCUGUCAUCGGAGACCUUUUGUAAAGCGGUCAAUUUAAUCGAUCGAUUCAUUGUGAAAGUGAAGGAGAGUGAACUACCGCCUCCUGAGACCCUCGUUCAAAUCACCCGAUGUGGCGGCAACGCUGCAGAUCUUCUCAGGAUGGAAGAAAUUUUAGCCUCCAAGUUAGCACACGAUCUUGAUGGGGUGAACGCUUUCGACUUUUUGCGCACUUUUGCCGAUUGCUUGGAAGUUGUUCGUGAAGACCACUCUAAUUGCAUUCCUUCGGAACUGGGAAUCCACCAAUCCAAGACUGCUUCAGAGGGCCGUAUGUUAUGCGACCAACGAGUCCUCGUACAUCCCAAUCAUGGCUCCGGCAAUUCUAGGAUUCAGCUAACGCAACUGACCAAGCGCUUGAUGGCUCGACUGGAGAUCUCCAUGUGUUCGUUAGAGGUUUAUCGCUUUCGGCCUACUUGUCUGGCUCUUGGUAUCCUAGCGCAAACUGGCGUGAAGGGGCUCCCAUCUUUGACUGACCUCUGUGGAGUUGACUGGGAUGAUGUGCUUCAAUGCGCUUCGCUAGUGGAUGAGCUGUACGACAUCUACUAUCGAGAUUCCUCGUCAGGUCGUCGCCCAACAGUAUGGAGCUUGACCCGACGGUCCCUCUGUCGCAUUGGCUAUUCCAGUCCAACGCCGCUGGACACCAUCACGGAGGACUGUGAGCCUGCUGAUGAGGACGAGUGGUUGCUUCCGCUGUUAUUUGAACCGUAACGUGGAUGGCAAACAGACAGUCUGUACUCUUCGCUUCUCCGUGGGCAACCCGCAUUGCGGACCAACAGUUUGUCGCGGACUUCACUCUUCCUCUCCUUCUGCUUUCUUAGUCUUGGCGAGCACUCACCAGCAAUCGAGAGAGCGCACAAGCAUACACUGACCCGGUGUCCCCUAUUUCGCCCCACCCACUUCACCCGUUUUUGCAUCAUGUGGUCGCGGUGGCUACCCUCGACACACACACAUACACACGUAUAUCAGCAUGCAUUCAAUCGUCCCUGUCUUACUUCUGUACCCAGUCUCUUCUUUCGUUUGUCCAUCGAAAGCGACAAACAACCAGUUUAUCUCAGGCAUAUUUUAAUGGCUGUUUGAUUUCAAAUCAUAACGGACUACAACUUCUUACUUUCCUCCGCGUUGUCAAAUCACCAUCGUUUCAUCGGGCCUCUACUCGUCUGCGUCGACUGUAGCACCGCCCUACAUGCACCGAUUUGACACCAGGUGCACCCGCUUCCACACAUCAGUCAUUUUACACACAGCUGAGGGCUUGACUUGAAAAUAUCUACUUUUCUGUUUAGUCUUUUUGGUGGAUCAGAGGAUCGCCCUAUUCGAUUCAUUAGCACACAUGCCUACAAACACACCCACACAACUAUAUACGCACGUUUAGCGCUGGUUUCCCACCCAUUCUUUGUUGUUUUUAAUUUGUACGUAUACUACCAACCAACAAGGUCUUUCUGUUCUGUGGCGUUUCCAUUUCCUUCGAUAUCCAUUUUUUCCGCAUCUCCAGGCAGCACACAAAACGUAGUUCCCAUUGUGUCUGUGAUUUUUGAUACCUGGGGAUCCAUUCAUGUUAAUGCUGAAGGACGGUCUUGACAAGCACGGCAUCUUCACGCGCUUUCUUAAUAUUUUUUGGCCUUCACAUUUUUUCAUCUGAUUCGUGUCGUUGUUCCUGUGCUUCUUGUUGUGACAUUUGCCAACAUCGACCACGGCCCCAGUUAAACGUGGUUGAAUAACUAAAUUGAACAGUGAACUGC